CGUCAGCAGGCCACGUCAGCCGACAGAGCAGGAAUACCACGUCAACAGGCCCCCGGCUUGGUACAUGCUGUUGCGGUCACAGACAGCCGUCAUGGACCAGAGGCCCGGUGAAGCAGACGAGGCCUGUCGGGCCUGGAUGCUGGCUUGGAGUACCGAGACAAAGAAACGGGCAGAUGACGCAGCUGCAGCAACGAAGAAGAAGGCAGAGGAUGCCGAGCAGGCACGUCUGCUGGCACUUGAACAACAGCGCCAGCAUGACGAGGCAGCAGCAAGGGCUGCCGAUGAAGAAAGGAACCAACGUCGUGAGAAGAUAUUUAGCGGAGAGCGGACCUUGCUCACAAUGGCAGCGGAAUGGCGGACCGAGGCUGAGAAUGGCAAGUUGGAGGAUUGCGAAAACAAGAUCGCCCUUCUCCUCUCGCAUCUCACAUACCUCCUGGCUACAUGCAUUACGCAGCAGGAGGAUAUCCACAGCCUCGACGGUUCGCCAGCUAAAUUACAAAACCGCGUGCAGCAGCUGGAGCAGCGACCUGUCGCCGCACCCGAUGCAAGCUCUUCCACUACCUCCGAUCGCCUCGAAGCAUUGGAGAUGCACGUCGGCUCCCUCCAGGACGGCGCACAGUUACAGCAGACCGCAACGCAACAGUUGCAGCAGCGGAUCUGUACCACCGCCAAUACCUCGAGUUCGGAGCCUCGCGAGACAGCUCCAAAGUUUGACGGGCUGGAGAUCUUCUGCGACUCGAUCAAGACAGAUCCGAUUCCAUGGUUCCGCAAGUUCGAGCUCACACCGCAGCUCCAUAACGUCAAAGAACACAAGCACCACGCAUACUUGUACUCUCGCUCAGAGGGAGCGUACGAAGUCGUGGUGGGGGGCAUCCUUGCGUAUACUACCAAGGUGGCCCGCGAGUUUCGCACGCAGCGGUACGAUGACAACAACGCACCGCUCAUGUAUGUCCGCAUCCAGGUUGGGCAAGCGUCCUGCAGCGCUUUGCUGGAUAGCGGCGCGUCUCGCAAUUUCAUGAGCCAAUCCUUUAUGCAAAGGGCUAGCCUUGCCGCACAAGUUCGGAGGAAGGCGAACCCGACGGCGAUCAAGGUGGCGGAUGGGAAAACGCAGCAACUUCUCGACCGUCACAUUGAGGUCGUACCGGUCAUAUUCGCACCUCAUGCAUGCGAACCGGUGACAUUCGAUAUUCUCGAUAAGGACUUCGACAUCAUUCUGGGAAUGCCUUGGCUUGCAAGUGCGAAUCACACGGUCAACUUCCACAGGCGGACUCUUAGCCUCAACGCGCAAACCGUCAAGAAUGCGGGGCCUCUUCCUCGCAUCGACGAUCUUCUUGAGCGACUGGGCGGCGCAAAGUAUUUCUCUAAGUUGGAUUUGAGAUCAGGAUAUCAUCAAAUCUCGAUCCGACCGAACGAUCGCUACAAGUCCACGUUCAAGACGCGGUACGGGCAUUUUGAGUGGGUGGUCAUGCCUUUUGGCCUCACCAAUGCCCCGACGACCUUUCAAGCGGCAAUGACCAAUGAGUUCCGUGCAAUGUUGGAUCGGUUCGUGCUGGUCUACUUAGACGAUAUUCUCGUCUAUAGUUGGUCAUUGGAGGAUCAUCUUGGACAUCUUCGACGAGUGUUGGAGAUGCUCCGCCGCGCCAAGGACAAGGCCAACCACGACAAGUGCGAAUUUGUCUGGCAAGAGCUGGAAUACUUGGGCCAUUUUGUCACACCGGAGGGCAUCAGUCCGCUAUCGGACAAGAUUCAAGCCAUCCAAGAGUGGCCGGAGCCUCGGAACGUCACGGAUGUCCGCUCGUUCCUUGGUCUCGCCGGCUACUUUCAGUGUUUCAUCAAAGGCUACUCGAAGAUCGCGGCCCACUUGACCAAGCUUCAAUGCGAGGAUCGGUCGUUUGACUUUGGAGAGGAGGCGCGGGAAUCAUUUAUGGCUCUCAAAGCCGCGCUAUUAUCUGCGGAGGUCUUGCGGAUAUACGACCCGCUCUUGCCUACGCGCGUCACUACGGAUGCGUCAGGCUAUGGCAUUGGUGCAGUCCUUGAGCAACAUGAUGGUGUGGACUGGCACCCGGUCGAGUAUUUCAGCAAGAAAGUGUCUGUCGUGCAUUCCAUUGACGAUGCACGCAAGAAGGAGUUCUUUCGUCCACGUGCUCAAGAGGUGGCGGCACUUCCUCCUUGGUCGAAGCCAAUUUCGAUGGAGGAUGGAGAAGGAAGGAGGGGUGAAGGAGGUGGAGGAGGAAGACGGUGCGAGGCGGUUGGCUAUGGUGGACGGGAGAAGGAGGUGGAGGAGGAAGAAGUGCGGGGUGGUUGGCUAUGGAGGACGGGUGAAGAGGAUGGAGGAGAAAGACGGUGCGAGGUGGUUGGCUAUGGUGGACGGGUGAAGAAGAUGGAGGAGGAAGAAGAUGGAGGAGGAAGAAGGGGCGAGGUGGUUGGCUAUGGUGGAUGGGUGAAGGAGGUGGAGGAGGAAGAAGGUGCGGGAUGGUUGGCUAUGGAGGACGGGUGAAGAGGAUGGAGGAGGAAGACGGUGCGAGGUGGUUGGCUAUGGUGGACGGGUGAAGAAGAUGGAGGAGGAAGAAGGUGCGGGGUGGUUGGCUAUAGAGGAUGGGUGAAGAAGAUGGAGGAGGAAGAAGGUGCGAGGUGGUUGGCUAUGGUGGAUGGGUGAAGGAGGUGGACGACGAAGAAGGUGAAGGGACCCUAUAAAAAAAUGGAAAGUGGUGAUUCACAUGGGAGUGAAAGAAUGUACAAAACAUGAGUGAAAGAUCAUCCAAAACACUAGAAUGAGCAUAAACCAAAGUUGCGAUUUACUACCAAGUGAAGAAUUGAAGAGAAAGUGAAGGGAGAGUGAGUGAAACUCACUCUCAUGCAAGAAAUCACAAAAUGGAAAGUGGCAAUUCACAUGAGAGUGAAGGAAUGGACAAAACAAAAAUGAAAGAUCAUCCAAAACACUAGAAUGAGUACAAACAAAAGUUGCGAUUUGGU